CCCCCUCUGCCCACAAAAAACUUGGAAACGCCCGUGGUCCUGGCCGGUCCACUGGUUGUUAAGUGUUGGGGGUGGGGUGGUUGAAUGAGGCUGACGGGGGCUGGAUGUCCUCUCUUUGCCCCCCGACCACAGUGGGAGUGCGCAGUGCCAGGCCGGGCCAGCAGCAGCAGCUGACGCACCGUCACACGUACUUUACGCACGCUGGAUGAAGGCAGGCAAAGACCCGGCGGAGGAGGAUGCUAACACCGGCUCGGUGGGGCUGUCUCCGGGGGUUUAUUUAGCAGGCAGUGGGGGUGCCGGUGUAAAAUGCAGCGGGGCGGACGGGCUGUGCGGGUCGGCCUUGCUGAGCUCGGCUGCUGCGCCUCAUGCUCGCCUCUCACGCAUCUCUCCUAGGACUUGUGAUUAGCGCGUUUUUGUUUCCAGGUCAGAAUCUCCGUUUCCUGUGCGGCGUGUUUGUACUAAAAUGGCCGGAGAUGGCGGCGCUCUGAAGGAUAUCAAUGAGAUUAAGUCCCAGUUCCGGACCAGAGAGGGCUUCUACAAGCUGCUCACCCUCUCAGACUCGCUGCAGCGGGGCGGGCUGCCGCGGGGGCCGUCCGCCGGAGCCACGCUGGGCCCCGGGGCCGGACCGGGUCCGAUACCCGGCGGAGGGGUCGGGCUGCUGCAGGGGCCCGGGGCUGCAGCCGCCGCCGCUGCCGCCUCUUCCUCCUCCAAUGCCGCAGCCAACUCCUCCCCGGCUGGCUUCCUGCCGCCGGUCCGGGUCUCCAUGGUGAAGCUGCAGCCCGAAGACCCGAGCGAGGAGUCGGAGCGGGUGUGCUUCAACAUCGGCAGGGAGCUGUAUUUCUACACGUACACCAACAUCAAGAAGGCUGUGGACCUCAGUAAGCCCAUAGACAAGAGGAUCUACAAGGGGACGCAGCCCACGUGUCACGACUUCAAUCAGUACUCAGCCACAGCAGAGAGCGUAGCUCUCAUCGUGGGUUUCUCAGCCGGGCAGGUCCAGUAUCUCGACCCCAUCAAGAAGGAAACCAGUAAACUCUUUAACGAGGAGAGGUUGAUAGACAAAUCCAAGGUAACGUGUCUAAAAUGGCUUCCCAAGUCGGAGAACCUGUUCCUGGCCUCCCAUGCCAGCGGUCACCUCUACCUCUACAACGUGGACCACCCAUGUGGCACCACGGCACCACAGUACUCUCUGUUGCGGCAAGGCGAAGGCUUCGCCGUUUAUGCCUGCAAAACCAAGACGCCACGCAACCCUCUGCUGCGGUGGGCCGUCGGGGAGGGAGGCCUCAACGAGUUUGCGUUCUCCCCAGACGGCGUGCACGUGGCGUGCGUGGGCCAGGACGGAUGCCUGCGUGUCUUCCACUUUGAUUCGAUGGAGCUUCAGGGCGUGAUGAAGAGCUACUUUGGUGGGCUGCUCUGUGUGUCGUGGAGCCCAGACGGGAAAUAUCUCGCCACGGGAGGGGAGGAUGAUCUGGUUACUGUGUGGUCAUUUGCAGAAAGCCGAGUGGUAGCGAGGGGGCACGGCCACAAGUCUUGGGUCAACGUGGUAGCAUUCGAUCCCUUCACAACUUCCCUGGAAGAUGAGGAGCCUAUGGAGCUCAGUGGCAGCGAGGAGGACCUCCACCAGGGGGCGCAAAAUAACUCCAUGCACUUUGGGCGGGUUCGAACGAGCAGCACGUUAUCCCGUCUUUCUCGGCACAGCUCGAAAGGCGGCGGCUCGCCAUCGGUCACUUACCGAUUUGGCUCGGUGGGGCAGGACACCCAGUUCUGUCUGUGGGACCUGACGGAUGACGUGCUGUACCCGCGCCUGCCGCUGUCCCGCGCCUUUACUAACACUUUUGGGCCUUCGCUGUCCAACUCUGGCAGCGGGGGGGUCAACAGCACCUCAGGUGGGGGAGGAAGUGGAGGUGUGGAGGGACAUCAUCACCCCCCGAACACUAACACCGGCGCCUCCAACCCACCCACGCUCCCUUUACCGCUUCCUCGCUCCCUUUCGCGCUCCAACUCUUUACCCCACCCCGCUGUGGCGAACGCCUCCAAAGGCCAGGGCGCCUCAGAGGGCAGUGGGGGAGGAGGAGGAGGGGGAGGGAGCAGCGGCGGAGGAAACAGCACCCCCUUCAGCAUCGGCCGCUUCGCCACUCUUUCCCUACAGGAGCGCAAGUCAGAUAAGUCCGGCAGCAGCGGGGGCGUGGAGAAGGAGCACAAGCGGUACCACAGCCUGGGCAACAUCAGCAAAAGCAACGACAAGAUCAAUGUGGCGCCGAGGAGCAACCGGCUGGACGCCGCCAAGGUGCUGGGCACCACGCUGUGCCCACGCAUGCAUGAAGUGCCGCUGCUGGAGCCGCUGGUCUGUAAGAAGAUUGCACACGAGAGGCUGACGGUCCUGGUGUUCAUGGAUGACUGCAUCAUCACGGCCUGCCAAGAGGGCCUCAUCUGUACCUGGGCACGGCCGGGGAAGGCGAACCUGACAGCACAGAACGGGAACUCUCCGAGCGGCACGGUGGUAUAGCUGGAGGAGAAGCUUUGCACUCAUCCCUCCAUCCUUUCCCUCGUCGUCGUCGUCCUAAUAUGUCAGAAUUUGGGGCCAACUACCAGAGACGAUACCUGACCUACCACUGCAGUAUUAACCCUCAGUAUAACUCUCUGUACUCACCUUCACUCAGAGGUGGGAAACUCUUCCUGAAACAUUCAUUUAGGAAAACUUGGGAACAAAUGACACAUUGAAUAUAGCACUAAGCCACAGUGCACCGUAUCAGUAUAUGACAGAAGUAUGUGGACACCCCUUUAGUUGUUUUGUUGUUUGUUUUUUUCUUUUACUGCAGCUUUCGUUUAUUUUCUGAGGAAUGUUUUAAAGCUGUGUGGAAACCAGCCAGACCUCGUUUAGGAUCAACUGGAACUAUGAAAUCAGUGUUAGACGCCACUAAUGUGUUGGAAAAGCUGUUGCAGCAGCAGAGCAUGAGUCACAUACGGGUGAAGUGUUCGGGUGUCCGUGUAUUUUUGACCAUAUGAUGGACCUAAAAAGCCAGUUCUGCUGAUCUGGACUAUUCGAGCAGGUCAGCUCUACCUGGUCCCAUUUUCCACAUGAAUUUCUUCCACUGUAGCGAAGUGGAAGUUUUUUUUUAAAUGGCCCAUUUUAAAAAACAUUUAUCAAUUGGUUUAAAUUUGCCAUCACUGAUAAACUAUACCCUGGAUGUGUCUCUUUGGGCAGCUUUAUUUUUAGAUUUCUCUGUGGAAGUCUCCUUCAGUGAGUCUAAAGGGUGACCCUUCAGGGAGCGAGCACAGAUGAUGUUUCUGUGGGUAAAAUGCUCCUCCUUCAGAGUCCUCGGGAUGUUACGGGGGCCUCUAAACCUGGUUCAUACUUUUCAUGCUGCUCAGCUUCCUGGAAAAAAAAUGAAGAUCAUCAUCAGUGGUCGUACUCCUCACCUGAUGUGCUCCCAUCUAGCUUGGACUCUGCAGACUCUUCCACUGAAAACUGCUCGUUUGUAGCCGGAUUGAUAGCUCUCAUCAGAUGUGUAAGUUUGUAAUCAUUAUUAGAAAACUUCCACUGAGUGAUCUAAAACACGCAGCAAGCCUGGAGGCGGUACAGAGGUGCACAAGGAGACAGUCUUGAAGUGCAGAUUGGCCAAAAUUAAGUCCAGAAAGUUGGGAAGUUUUAUUAUUUAAUGAGCUUUUUGUCCAUGAUGAAGGUGAGAAAAGUGUUUCUCAGGAAGAGUUUCCCCCUCUAAGUGGGAAUGCGGUUUAUUCCCACUGCUUCCGCCCUCCCUCCUCCGUGUCUCUCUGCAGAAAGACUGCUUUAACUGCGUUCUUCAUCCUUUCUGUCUGUAACCCCGAAUCAACAAAGGAGCUAACGGCAGGCCCUCCUCCAUCGGACCCCUCCCAUUUUCCCCUUCAUGCUAAAGACACUGCAAAAGCCACGGCCAUUGUAUUUAUGUUAUUUAUUUUAUCACAAGACUGUGUAGUAAUUUAUACUGUAAAUAAUGAAAAUACUCUAUAAAUACACAGCGGACAAACGUGUAGGGACUCGGCAGCGAUGAUGAGGCGAAGACGAAGCAGGAAAGAUGAAGAUUAUUAAUAUAUGAAGAUCCUUCUAUUGUACAUACAAACGAGACGGUUAUAAAUCGAAUGUCUGCUGUUUUAGGGAACAUGAAGAUGUCGAUGUGUUUUUAUUUUGUGUUAUAGAGUUUCUCCAGUUUGGCCCUGAAAGCAGUCUGGGUUUAAUCUGAUGUUUUUGGGGUCCGGGGUGACCGACCCGACUCGAGCACAGAGAGCAAUCAUUUCAGCUGCCUGUCCAAGCUAAUCAGUCGAAUCGUCACUAAUCCUCAUGCAUCCUAAUGAGUAACGUUGGCACCAACAAACGCACACUGUUGCACAUUCCAAACACACACACACAUGCACACACACUCCCCCUCUUGGUGUAGCAUCAUGUAUUUUGUGUUAUGGACUCUCCUGUCGCACCUGAAUUGCCUCUUGCAAGAAUUUGCACAUAAAAUAAAUCCACGGUCCAUUGUUAGCUGCCACAUUCAGGGGUGUACUUUCUGUUUAUCGAUCUGACUGAAGCGGCAAAACGGCUCCCAUUACGCCCCCGACACUCACUGCACACGUUUAGUUGGAAGGAAUUUUAAUAAUUGCACAUCUCCGUGAUGAAGUUUGUUUGUUAAUAAUUGCACAUCUCCGUGAUGAAGUUUGUUCCCUUUGUGUGACUAAAUUUACACUCAACUCGACUUUUCAGCCUUUGUUCAGAUUCCUGACGAUAGAAAAGAAACCAAAAAUCUGUCUGAUUUUUCGCUAUCGGCCAUAAACCUGUCAAAAGCUGCGCCAAAACACAAGUCCUGAAAGUUUAAACCACGUCCAAGACGGAAAGUUUCCCCCACAUUUAGCAUUCACUGAGUCCCGGGAUCCAAAAGGACAUCUGCGUCUGGAUUAAUGAGCUAUACUUUCACAAAACCAUCUAGACAAUGUUUUUCUUUUGGUUCAGCUUGAUUUGUAUCUGUGAAAAUGGAAAGUCAACAGGCAAAUUUACCCCUCCGGGAAUUUCAAAAAUUCCUGGAUCCCAGAAAAUUUCAGUUCAAGUUUUGCUGAUCCAGAUGGUGUGUAGUGAGGAUACGCUUGAGCCCAGAUUGUAAUCCAGACAUUUCUGGUAGUAACAACUUAUAAUCAGCUGAUUUAGAGGCUACAGGACUGCAUCUUAACCAUCCUCCCCUCAUAAUCGGACUGUAUUUCUGUUCACUCUGAUGCUGUGUGCAUGACUAUUUAAAAAUUUGCCAAUUUUAGUAUCUCGGAGUAUAUAAAGCGACACAGUAGGCUUUAAAUACUGUGUCGCUUUAUAUACUAGGAGAGUUCCUGGACUCCGCUAAAGAAGCCUCAAGAAACUCCUCCCACUUUAACACAUCUUUUUUUUUUCUGAUUGGCCACCUCAUAAAGAUACAAUUUGAAGAGUGAAUCUGUGCUUCUGUUUUGUAAACAUGAUAACUUUUUGCGAUAUCAGGGCCAGAUGUUGACAAGAAUCAAAUUAAACUGAAACGGCGCAUUCAUUAACAGAUUAUUGGCCUGAUUUAUUCAAAACCAGGUGUCAGUAUUCAGCGCCUUCCUGUGUUUGAUCUUAAACUUGUUCUUACCUGUCUGCCUAUAAAUUGCUGAGCAAACGUCCCGCGCUGCAGGAGCCAAGGUUGUGCCCGACAAACCAUCGGUUUCUUGGCUGUUGUCACAGCAGGUGAAUUCAUCCUUGUCGUCAUAGCAACAGCACGCCUGAGGAGGGUAUCUUCGAAUGAGCAUCGUGAGCUUGUGGAGUCGGUCUCGGCUUUAGGGCCAAAUUAAUGUCGCAUCACGACGUGUGAGGAGAAAAUCUGGACCUUCACCUGAAACACUGAUGAGAGCACAGAUUAUUUAACAGGUUGAACUUCUCCAAAAACAUCUUCAAACUAAUCCAAGUAUUUCACAGCCAGGUGUUUGUUUACAGGUGAACUAAGCCUGCUUCAUAAUGCAGCAUCAAAUAUCUCCCAAACCCCCUGGAUACUCAAAUAUAGUCGGAGAUUUGCCUUUGUCUUUAUGGUUUGUAAAGGUUUUGGGUUCUUUAAACUUAAUGAUUUUAGGGGUCACAGUCUCUCCGUGUGUUUGUCCUCUCUGUUGCGCAGAAUUAAUGUCAAAUUUUAUUGGAGAAGUACAAUAAAGUCUCAAGUUAAAACUCAUUUUAAUGCAGCUUCAAGAUUUCCUAUAACCAACGCCUCUGACAUUUCCUCGCAGUGUUUCCAUCCAUGACAAAGAGGCAAAAAUGAAUCCUGCAGUGCAAGAGCUUAUUUAGAGAUCAGCACAUUCUUGACUUGAACAUUAACUGGGAUAAAAGAUAAAACAUUCAGCAAUAAGAGAGUCUUCAGUUUGUUUGAGAGCUGUGUCUUUUUAAAAAGCAGGAUUUGGUUGCGUUUUUGUGCCUCAUUAAGUGGAAGAAACGGUUUAAGCAGUGAGUGCUGACAGAGGUGACAUUGGAGAGCAGCGUGAACAAUUUGAGCUCCGCGUUUAUGUUUUAGAUUUGCAGCAAUUGGUGUUUGUUUGAGGCGCUGAAAUCAGAAAAUUGAGUGUUUUUCGCUGACCUCUGUUCAUUUCUGUGUUGAAACUGUCUGCAGGCUGCAAACAGAAAACAAACAGCCGCAAGUGAACAACAUGUACACACACCCCACCCCACCCCCACACCCACACACUAAAACCCAAACUUGCAGACGCUCAGCACUGAGGGAACAAAUGGCGUUUCACAAAUCUUUUUAUGAAGAAAAGCAAGUCAAACCACUUUAAUAUGUCCGUGUUUUUCUCCUGUGUGCUUGUUAAUGUUGAAAUAUGCAUUCUUCAUUAUUCACCACACACAGACAGCCACUCACACAGACACACUCUAUGCCUGCUCUGAUGGAAGUUAAAGCAGCUGAAUGACGUCACUGUUUGUAAAUGGAGAUCUGUUAUUAAAACGUGAAACCUGAA